AGAGCCGAAGAUGUCGGCUCGGUCAUGUGAUCAGCUGUGUCCAAUCACAGCUGAUCACAUCAGUGCCAGCUCUCAGUGCUCAUCCAAACCACCUGCCAGUGCCCAUCAGUGCCACAUCAAUGCCACAUAUCAGUGCCUACCAGUGCACAUCAAUGCCACAUAUCAGUGCCCAUCUGAGCUGCCUUUCAGUGCCACCUAUCAGUGCAAGUCAGUGCCACCUAUCAGUGCCCGUCAGUGCUGCCUAUGAGUGUUUGCCUAACAGUGCCAGUCAGUGCCAUAUAUCAGUGCCGCCUUUCAGUGCCCAUCAGUGAUGUCUGUCAGUGCCACCUACCAGUGCCUCCUAUCAGUGUCCAUUAGUGUAGCCUAUCGGUGCCCCUCACUGCAGCCUCAUUAGCGCACAUCAGUG